UAGGUCGGAACUAGGGUCUUUCUCCCAGCAGUAUUGUACAAUGAAACAACGAAAAACACUGUGCAUGUGUUGCCAAAAUACACGUGUUUAGUUGAAGGGGUUACUAGCAUACAUGAACAUUUAUCCAUGGUUUUAGUUUCAAACGGAGUACACCAUGGAUGCACAAUAUAAAGUCAUCGAUCCGGUGAAGUUUUAUAGAGAUCAUUUAGCACACAAAAUUCGACCUGAUGGCCGAGGUUUGCUGAAAUUCAGGCCAGCAGUUAUUAAUGUGGAUUCCAUAGGGACAGCUGAUGGAUCAGCAAUUGUUAAAAUUGGCAACACUACUGUAGUGUGUGGUGUUAAAUUGGAACUUGGAGUUCCCAAGCCAGAGGAAAGUAAUAUUGGUUGGUUAGUUCCUAACGUUACAUUACCUCCACUUUGCUCUCCUCGCUUCCACCCAGGACCCCCUAGCGAUGAGGCACAAGUUGCUUCGAACAUGUUAGCUGAAAUUUUAAGUAAUGCAAAUGUACUUGAUUUGCGAGCACUGUGUGUUGUGCCAGAACGACUAGCAUGGGCUGUUUACCUUGAUGCAGUAUGUUUGAAUCAUGAUGGUAGUAUUCUUGAUGCAUGUGUUGUUGCUGCUGUGGCAGCUCUUCGAACAGUGAGACUACCUCGGGUUGAACAUGAUGCAGAUAAGGACAUUACGAAGGUAUUUCCCGAUGAACGAAGUAGUCUUCCCAUAACAGGAGCACCUAUUCCUACAACGCACGCCAUAUUUGAAGAUGAAGUUAUCUUGGUUGAUCCUACAAGCGAUGAAGAAAGUCUUGCCUCAGGUCUUGUGACUAUAACAGUACAAAAUGACCAAAUGUGCUCAGUCUACAAACCAGGAGGCAGCCCCCUUGCAGAUGAAAACAUGCAGGCAUGUUUAUCUCGAGCUCGAACACGUGCUAUUCAGAUGAACAACCUUAUAGAAGCUGCUUUAGCAGCUCGUGAUAAAGAAGAGACAAAAGACCAGAAAUUAAUAUCAUAAUUAAAUUAUUUUUUAACUCACUGAGAAAUGUACAAAGUAAUUGAAUAUUUUAAUGACUACUGCUUUUUAAAAUUGUUCUCUCACAGUUAAAGAACUAUGUCAACAAAUGUUUAUAAUUGACUUUAAAAAUUGUCAAGAUAUUUUCUCUUCCUAAUUUUCAUUAAUUUUAGCACUAUUUCAUAGUACAAUUAUGAAUCGCUUGUUGGAAUUUAGUUCAGAAUCACAUUUGGAUCAAAUUUGGUUGGUCCUACCUCCAACACCAAAUGAAUUAUUUUGUUUGUAAUCACUAAAGAUAUGUUCAGAAAUAAUUUUGUAAAUUUAGUUAAUGAUAAGGAAUUUUAAAUUUGCUUUACCACGAUUUAGAUUUCUACAUACACCAAUAAUUAAUAUUAAAUUUUCAAGAGGAUUUGUCUUAGUCUUUCAAAAUAUAAAUACUUUCAAAUAAAGUUGUGCAACGAUUGUUUUA